UCAUUCUAAUGACUAGACUGUCGAGACUGGAUGCUCGCUCGCCCACCUAGAUCGGAGAAAUGCCCAAGUAGGCAACCCGGAAGCUAGGGGAGUUCGAGAUUAUGAGUUAUGAAUAAUGAUGUUCACUACUACCUAUUCACCUGUAUUCACGUGGCGGCAAGAUUACUCAUCGCUCCAGGGAUAAUCCAAAUUGCGGAGUGAUUGGGGAAAUGCGGGGGAUCUUGGACUCUCCGCGGCCCAACUGUGCUAUCUCCGAACCUACGAGGUAGAGAUGAUCUUCAGAGCAUCUUAGAAAAUCAUCGGCACGAUAAAGGGGCAUAGAUACUUUAAUUUUCUACUUAAAGACUAGAGUAUAAGAAAUACUCACCUAGACUGGAUUAUGAAGAGUUACGUGUCAAAAGACAACUGGAAGAUCUGGCUCGGACCAACCCCUGUAUUGCACUACCUGAGCAGCAAGGUACAUCGGCGUUCUGUAUGUCCCGGGCCGAUCAUGUUGUGCGGUGAGACGCCGAGGCAUUGAAAUACUUGUGCUGCACAAUCUCCAAGCUUAUCAUGAAUUCAACAGUCAUUCAUUUCUGACACGCCAUUGAUUCCACCUCCAACUUCAGGUCCUCUGAGCCUAUAAAUACAACGAGAUGGCUGCCGCAAUUCCGCGAAAACUUUGGGAGCAUCCCAAUCCCCAAAGCACACAGCUAUGGGAUCUUAUGCAAUUCAUCAAUCAGAAAUACAAAUUGAAUCUAACGACAUUCCAAGAUGUGUACCAGUUCUCCGUGGACCGGCACACCAUAUUCUAUGAUGAGGUUUUCAAGCGGGCGAACCUCAUCUAUUCCGGCUCCUACAGUCGAGUAGUCGAUGAGAACAAGCUUAUUGAUAGUGUCCCGCGUUGGUUUGAAGGUGUACAUCUCAAUUGGGCUGAGAACUUGCUCUGGUCGCGAGGUCCAAAGAAUAAAUCAACCUAUAAAGGUACGAAAGGGAAAGAAGAUGAUAAGAUUGCCUUGACCGAGGUUAGAGAAGGCGUUACUGAGCUAAGGCAUGUCACCUGGGGAACUUUGAGGAGGUUGGCUGCGGAUUACGCAGAUGCGCUUUAUAGUGCAGGUGUGAGACGUGGUGAUCGAAUCGUGAUUGUCGCGGGAAACAGCAUUGAGACACUAGUUAUCUUUCUUGCCACGACCUGGCUGGGAGCUAUUUUCAGCAGCAGUUCUACAGAUAUGGGCGUUCCAGGUAUUCUGCAAAGGACUGUUCAGGUCAAUCCAAAGUACAUAUUCAUGGAUGAUGCUACGCUAUAUAAUGGCAAAAGACUGGACCUACGCCAAAAGAUGACAGAAAUCGUCGAUGGAAUGAAGGACUGCAGUAAUUUCCGUGGCUUGGUGUCCAUACGUCGCUUCAACGAUACCUUAGACAUCACCGCUAUUCCCAAGACGCAGACAUUAGAUGCGCUUCUCAACAACCGAAAGGGAAUCAACGUCCCAAUUCAAAAAAUCCCAUUUCACGAGCCCUUCCUCGUCUGCUACUCCUCGGGUACUACGGGCAUUCCUAAGGCUAUAGUGCACUCCGUCGGUGGCGUACUCUUGAAUUUUGUAAAAGAGUAUCGCCUCCACGAAGACGGAAAGGCGGAUGCUGUUUCGCUACAGUAUACCACGACGGGAUGGAUCAUGUAUCUGGCGAGCGUUGGCCAACUAAUAGCUGGUGGCAGAGUUAUUCUUUACGAUGGUUCGCCUUUUCAGCCAGAUCCGCAGACAUUUAUCAAGCUGGUUGGAAAUCAGAAAGUAACACGGUUGGGAAUCAGCCCCCGCUGGAUGUACGAAAUCGCUAAAGCUGGUAUCUCCCCUAGGGAGAUAACGGACCUAUCAAACCUGAGAAUGGUGGUCUCCACUGGAAUGGUGCUCUCAAACCAGUUAUUUGAAUGGUUUUAUGAUAAAGGGUUCCCUAAAAACGUACAGCUGAACAACAUUUCUGGCGGGACUGACAUUGCCGGUUGCUUCGCUCAAGGAAAUCCCCUGACUCCGGUUUACGUCGGCGGCACUCAAGGUCCAUCGCUUGGUGUUCGAGUAGAACUAUACGACUCGCUAUUACCGCCAGGACCUGGAAAGUCCGUUCCAGACGGAACACCGGGUGAACUUGUGGCAACGCAACCAUUCCCCAAUGUGCCUGUGUUUCUCUGGGGCGACAAGGAGCCCGCAGGCGCACCUGGCACGAAAUUCCACUCGGCGUACUUCGCCCGAUUUGAUCACGUCUGGGCCCACGGAGACUUUUGCGUGUAUCACCCAAUAACCAAGAAUCUGACAUUCCUCGGCCGUGCGGACGGCGUGCUCAACCCCAGUGGCGUACGAUUUGGAUCUGCCGAGAUUUAUUCGGUCAUCGAGCGUAAUUUUGCUGACGAAGUCGCGGAUUCUAUCUGUGUUGGUCAGAGACGGCCGCAAGAUAACGAUGAAAGCGUGAUGCUGUUUCUUCUGAUGCGACCGGGCCACAAAUUCAACCAGCAGCUAGUCAGGAACAUCAAAGAGGCCAUCAAGAAGGAGAUGACUAAGCGACACGUACCCAAAUAUGUGUUCGAGACGCCCGAAAUACCAACUACGGUUAACCUCAAAAAGGUUGAGCUCCCUGUGAAGCAGAUCGUCUCCGGGCAUAUCAUCAAACCUAGCGGUACUCUGCUCAACCCCCAAAGCUUGGACUAUUAUUACCAAUUUGCCAAGGUCGAAGAGCUGGUCGCCCCGAAAGAGAGGCUCUAAGAUUUACGGUGGUUUAGAUAUCGGCGCAGAUAUCGAACAUAAGCUAGAUAGGCCAGGGAGAAUGCUCAUAAUUGUUAGGGCCUGUUUUUCUCUUUCCUAUAUACUAAUUGGGGUCGGAAUAGACUUCAG